GGCGGUCCGGAGGCUUACCUCGUCUCUGCUUCUUGUUCUUCUUCUCAGUGCUCAGUGCAGUCGUUUCUCGCUGCCUCCACCACCACCACGCGACUUUAAAGAGCAAAAACGACUUGGAGCGAGUGAGAGAAAAGGCGGCCGUGUGACUGAGGAUCCUCAUCUCUUCGUUAUUUUUUUGGGGAUUAAAAAUCACGCCGAAUCGCAGCGUUGACGGCCGAGCGCCAGCAGGGCCUACGAUGUCCAAUGAAGUGCAAAGACCGGACGACAGCCCCAGCACCAGCGGCGGCAGCUCGGACAUCGAGCAGCGCGAGUCGUCUGUACCAACCGAGCAGGAGCGUGAACAAGCGCAGCCCAAAAAGAAGGAGACCAAGAUCUCCAGUAAAACCGCUGCUAAACUGUCGACGAGUGCCAAGAGGAUUCAAAAGGAGCUGGCUGAAAUUACAUUAGACCCUCCUCCAAACUGCAGUGCCGGCCCCAAAGGAGACAACAUCUAUGAGUGGAGGUCCACUAUCUUGGGACCGCCAGGGUCCGUGUACGAGGGAGGCGUCUUCUUCCUGGACAUUGCAUUCACGCCAGACUACCCCUUCAAACCCCCCAAGGUGACUUUCCGCACUCGCAUCUACCACUGCAACAUCAACAGCCAGGGCGUAAUCUGUCUGGACAUCCUGAAGGACAACUGGAGCCCCGCGCUCACCAUCUCCAAGGUGCUGCUGUCCAUUUGCUCCCUGCUCACAGACUGUAACCCAGCCGACCCCCUGGUGGGAAGCAUCGCCACACAGUACCUGACCAACAGAACCGAGCAUGACAGGAUAGCCAAGCAGUGGACAAAGAGAUACGCCACAUAGACACACACUCAACACAUGCACACACACGUUCACAAGCCACACUCUUGCUCCUCCUCUUCUUCACUCUACCACUCUACCUCUUUCUACCCUCAGUCCGUCAAAGCACACUCACUAAGUGCAUCGCUUUACCCAGCCCUCCUCUUCCUCCUCCCCAAACAUUUUAUGUUUAAAAAAAGUAAAACACACAAAAAAGAAUAAUAAACACAAAAACAAAAAAAAAUCUUUUUUUUUUUGUUCCUUGGUGACUUGAAAGCUUCUUUUUAUACGAAGAGUGGAAUGGGGGAUUUUUAUUUUCCAAUAUGUGAAUGUUGGAAGUAUUGUAUUGGAAACAAGACGCAUACACACACAUACGCACACACAGACCAUUAUAAGCAGGGGUGCAUCCACACUGAAAAUAUCAAAAGCACACUAGAUUUAAGAGUGUCACUACCAAGCAUUUUGCUCGAGUAGUGUUGUCGUUCACAAACUCUUUUCAACUUGUCAGUUUCAGAGUGACAAGUAUUGGAGCAUGUAAACAUUGUUACAUUCCAUUAACUCUGCUCACUAACUCACUGCUAGCCAUUUUCAAAGCGGAGUUCCUCAUAUUGCCAGCCAUUUUAGAGCAUUGUGACUGAUAUUUCAAAACCCACAGAAUAUUGUUCUGUGACAAUAUAAACCAUGACCCUACCAAAAGAAAGAAUAGACUCUCUUCUUCACCAGAAAAAGUUUUUCUAUCUUUGUCCAUUCUUCAGUAAUUAGCAGUAGAACAUGGGUUUGGUUUCACCAAAUGACUAAAACGAUCUUUUUGUGAAAGGAAACAUGUCAAAGAAAACAGUGACUUUGAUGUUUAAUAGUUGAGGUUUUACGAAAGCAACAAAUAUUACCAACAAAAACAAGACUGAGAGAGGGCUUUUGAUGGCAAAGUAAUCAUUUAUCUACCGAUAUACAACUAAAAAACGCGCUGUGAGCAGCACUGACUUACCGCAUGGCUCCUGUUGAACGUCAGUGGCUUUUUUUACAUGGCAUUCCUCAUUCACUCCAUGAACCGCGUCAUCUUUUCUCACAAUCGCGACACACCCUUCCUACCUACCGUGACGCAUAUACUCUGUUCAUACCAUGCAUAUUCAUACACUGUUUGAGUGUGAGGUGCCUAAACUUGUCCCAAUUCAAAGGUGUUGGCAUUUCUCUCCCUCUUAAUCGACGUGACAGGUUGAACACCUAAUCUUUAUUUUCAACUCAAAAGCUGUACAGAUAUCAAAUCCAAAAUGAUACAAUGCCGCCAUCUUCUGCUGUCGGUUUGUAGUUACAGUUAUGUACAAGCUUGAAUUUACAGACAAGCUGGGCGAGACCCUCUCUUAUGCCUACCUGUUGAGAAACGUACUUGACCAAUAUAUUUGUGGCGCCAGCAUGCGGUUGGAUUCCAGUCGACAAAUUUAAAAGUCCACGGAAGUGAAUGAGUUAACUUACUCAAUUUUCUUUUUAACUAAAUUAUUAGAUGACAUUCCAAUUAUGAAGGGCCCUUUUUAUUUACCCUUGCUGAUGUCUUUCCAACGCUCUUACACAAACCUUACAGCUAAAAAAUAUGGGUACAACAGUAACACUGACAGCAAAAAUGACAUGGUCAACAAAACUGUCUGAGCUACUAGGUCGCCACAGCUGCUGCUAGCUUGCCCAACAAAUUUGAGCAAACGUACCUUCAAAAUUGCAGAGUUAUGAUAAAAUGUCUUGGAAUUUUAUCAAUUCUUAACACCUGUCCAUAGGGCGACUUCACCAGUGGGUGCAAAUUCCCCAUAGAAACGGCAAUGAUUGACAUUGUAAUGUACAGUGGUGCCGUAAGAUAUGAGUGACCAGACUUACAAGUUCUUCAAGAUACGUUUUUGCUUCGACUUGCAAGCGCAAACUUGAGAUACGAGCGCUGUAUGGUGGCAGUGACUCAACUCACUUAACAGUCAGACGCAGUUUGGCAGAGAGUGAACAAUUCUUCAAAAAGAGGCUUCAAGCUGUUGAAUGUCGCUCCCAGUUAAAGUUUACUGCUUGGAAUACCCCCGCUAGCUUAAUGUUGACGCAAAAUGGAAAACAUCAUAGACUGGGUAAUGAUUAGCACCUGUGGGUUGGUGUUAUAACCUUUUAAGCAUUAGAUAUUUGAACACAAACGAAAAAGCGAUACAUCUAGACAGAUAUCACAAUACUCACAGGCAUAUUCAUUAUACUUUGCGAAGAACGACUAAUAUUACUGCUGAGGAGUUGUGACGUCUCCUCUGUUUUCAUGCAUAUCCGCACAAUGGAACCUGGAUGUACGAAUGGGGUUUGUAAGUUGAAAAGUUUGUAAAGUAAACGUAAUUUUCCCAUAAGAAAUCAUGUAAACAUGAAUAAUUGGGUCCAGUCUCGACAAGCCCCUAAUUUAAUAACUGUUUGCACACUUUGAACACAACAUAAAGCCAUACAGGACUACACUAGUAGUAAUUUGUCAAACAUGACAAAGGGUGAUCAACCAAAAAUAUCUAAUGUGCACCCCUGAUUAUAAGCAUCAUUAUCCUCCCGCCAGACAAACACACACGCACAUGUAAUUCUCAUUUUUAUGUGGCAUCUGGAAGAAAAUGUGCGCUUUUUACUUUCUCCUCUUUUGUUGUUGUAUUUGUCUCGACGUGCAUGGAACAGGAGCUUUCAUGCUUUUCAACUUCCUCCGCUUUUUCUUUUUACUGUAUGUAUUUUUUCAAAGGCUUUUUUUUCCAGGCAGACCACACGACAGAAAAAAAACGUGUGCAUGUGCGCGCGUGCGUGUAUAUAUAUAUGUGUGUGUGUGUGUGUGUGUGUCUGUGGAGGUCUGCCUGCAAAAAGAGGGCAAGACUUGUAUAUUUGACUGGCUACCCGUGCCGCUGCUGUUGUGCACUUGUAUUACUGAAAACACCCAAUAAAAACACACUGUGGUUGG